AUGGAUAAGAUCUGUACCUUCUAUCAAAUGAAGCAGGCAGAGAUAUUUCAGCUUACAGAGGAGUUGAUGCGGGAGGCCACUGCCUACCUGUCAGACACCGAUGGGGUCAACAUGGAUCCCGUGAGUGAGACCGUCAUCAAGGCACGAAGGAUGAGCUCGAGCUCCCACCAGGGCGCAGGUAGUAUCUUCCAGAACCUCGGGUUUGGUCAUCACCGGCGAUCUAGCGCAAUCAGUGAGGACGAUAGUGAUGAUGAGCACUCGCCGACCUUUGCUCCUAGGCCGCGAGCGAUGCAAUCGACUGAUGGCGAGUCGACCAAUCUAGAGAAUGGGCACGACCUAGCAGAUUCCGCUUUCUUUGGUGCAGCCUCCAGCCGUGGCCCUCAAGAUUUCUCUUCUGGCGACCAAACCCUUUUCGCCUUGUACAACGCUGGUGUUUCCCUCAAAAAGCGCCUCAUCGAAUGCUACGUUUCCCUCUGCGAACUUCGCUCCUUCAUCGAGCUCAACAAAACCGGUUUCUCCAAAGCUCUGAAGAAGUACGACAAGACUCUGAACCGCAACCUUCGACGCGACUACCUAAACUCGGUUGUUUACCCCGCGGCUCCCUUCACUGAAAGCACGAUGGCUUCCGUUGACAACACCAUCGAGAAAGUCGAGGGCGUCUACGCCGACGCUGUCACCAAGGGCAACCGUGAGCUGGCCAGUCGCGAGCUGCGUCUGCACCUGCGUGAACAUGUCGUCUGGGAGCGCAACACGGUCUGGCGCGAGAUGAUCGAGAUCGAGCGUCGCGCCCAGGCUGCCAACGUGGGUAUCCGUCACACUCUGCUGGGUGGCGAUGAGGAUCCGGCUACUGCGCGCCGCCAGGGCGACAAGCAGGAGAUUCCCACCAUGGAAGUUGCGACUCCUCUCGGGCGCUUCCAUUUCCCGCUGUGGCUUUGCAGCCUGAGCUUCGGUACUCUGGUUUUCACAGUGGCUGUGUUCGGAACCUUGCUGGCAGUCCCUGUGAUGGACACCCCCGAACAACAGAACUGCCUGGCCAUGCUCGUUCUUGUCAGUAUGCUCUGGGCCACCGAGGCCAUUCCUCUCUUCGUGACCUCUCUCUUGAUCCCAUUCCUGGUCGUGGUCCUGGGGAUCGUCCGAUCGGACGACAAGCCGCACAAGCGGCUGGGUCCCCAUGAGGCAGUGGGCAUGGUGUUUUCGGCCAUGUGGACUCCGGUGAUUAUGCUUCUGCUUGGCGGGUUCACUAUUGCGGCUGCACUGUCCAAGUAUGACAUCGCGCGUCGCAUGGCCAUGUUCGUCCUGAGCAAGGCCGGAUCCAAGCCACACGUCGUCCUUCUUACCAACAUGUUUGUGAGCAUGUUCCUAAGCAUGUGGAUCAGCAACGUCGCGUCCCCUGUGCUGUGCUACUCGAUCAUCCAGCCUCUGCUGCGCAACAUGCCCCCCGAGUCGAACUUCGCCAAAGCGCUCGUGCUGGGAAUUGCUCUCGCUGCCAAUGUCGGUGGCGCUGCCUCUCCGAUCGCCUCGCCGCAGAACAUCAUCGCGCUACAGAACAUGUACCCAAGCAUCAGCUGGGGCACCUGGUUUUUCGUCUCUCUGCCCGUCUGCAUCAUCUCGAUUCUGCUCAUCUGGGGCUUGCUGUUGGUGACCUUCCACCCUGGCCGCAACGCUACCAUCAUCCCCAUUCGACCCGUCAAGGACCGUUACACCGGCGUUCAGUAUUUCAUCAGCGCAGUGACCCUGGUCACGAUCGCCCUCUGGUGCGCCAGCCACCAACUUGAGCAUGUCUUCGGUGACAUGGGCGUUAUCGCGAUCAUUCCUAUUGUCCUGUUCUUCGGUACUGGCAUUCUCAACAAGGAAGACUUUAACAACUUUCUGUGGACCAUCAUCAUCCUCGCCGCCGGCGGACUGUGCCUGGGCAAGGCCGUCACCUCGUCCGGUUUGCUGCACACCAUUGCCUCCGCCAUUAUCGCGCGCGUGGAACAUCUCAGCCUGUACAGCGUGCUGCUCGUCUUUUCGGCCCUGAUCCUGGUCAUAGCCACCUUCAUCUCGCACACCGUCGCCGCACUGAUCAUCCUGCCGCUCGUCCGCCAGGUCGGCGUCAGCAUGGAAGAUCCUCACCCGAAUCUGCUUGUCAUGGCCAGUGCCUUGAUGUGCUCCGUGGCGAUGGCCCUGCCUACAAGCGGCUUCCCUAAUAUGAGUGAGCUCCCUUUCUCCCCUUGUGGCAUUUUUCACCGUUAA